CACAUUAUGAGACAGUCCUGUUCAAUCAGAACCUUAUGGUAGGUUGAGUAUAAGCGUAAUUUACUUUCACACAACCACAUCAUUUUGUGUUUCGGAUCUCCAAGAGGUGAAAGAGAGUGUGUGAGCCAUGAAGCCCAGCUACUGUUUGCUUUUCUCCUUGCUGUUGGUGACGUAUUGCUCUGCUGCCAUCAUCACAGGGUCAUGUGAAAAAGAUUCGCAGUGUGGUGGUGGUAUGUGCUGCGCAGUCAGUUUGUGGAUACGCAGCCUUCGGAUGUGUAUGCCAAUGGGACUGGAGGGAGAAGAGUGCCAUCCUAUGAGCCAUAAGGUUCCAUUCAAUGGAAAGAGACUCCAUCAUACCUGCCCAUGUUUGCCAAAUCUGGCAUGUAUUACUACAGAGAAAGGCCAUUCUAGAUGUCUUUCACCGUCCAAAUUCCAAGAUUAUUAUCUCUGAAUAAAAUGCAUCCUCAAAUGUGGAAGGCUGUAUAAAAUGUAUAGUGGCAUUUUGUUUGAUUAAUUUAUGGAAAACUACUAUUUAUCAAGAAACAAACCCUUUAAAAUAUAUGCCUUA